AUGUCAAAUAAACUAAUGUGCGAUAGAAUCAUGCCUUGUAAGUCUAGAGGAUACGGAGGUUUUGGAUUAUCUGCCCACAUUACUGAUCACUGCAACUUGGUCCUCAAAUUCCCUGCAGGCACUAACAGCACUUGGGAUAUGAUUUGGCCUUCUCUUUUAAGAGAUCUUCCCAACUAUGUUUUGAAUCCUCUGAGAAAGAAUGGAUUGUGCAGAGCCAGGCGACAUCAUUUGUCUCUUUUGUUGACUCCCGAGCAACUUGAAGAAGCCUCUAGCACCAGUCCGAUAGGUUCCUACAAACUCAGUUACGAUGGAAUUGCUGUUGUUCUUUUGGUCUGGUUAACAGCACACCCAACUGUCAGUGAUCAUCUCAAGCUAGCGUCAUGGAAAAAAGCUGGAGGCAGGGUUAGAAACCAGUUACGACACCUACUCUGCUGGGCGUAUACAUCUACUGAUUUAGUAAGCGCCAUAAGGGUUAUCCGGAAGCUUGACAAAAAAUACAUCCCUUUGUGUCCCUGGUUUCUCUGUGACUCUGUAAACCCUGAGUUGCUUGACACCGAUCCUGAUGCUAAAAAGGGGCACGUAUGCUAUGGUAGCAUGACAGAGGAGGCACUUCGUUACAUUGAAAAAGAUGGCGUACCAAGGGAAAUCCGUGAUCACCGUGUCUUUGAUUGCAGGAAAUAUGCCCCCAGUGCUAAAAACAAGAAGUAUAGUAUCGACUCUGUCCGCACAUUUGCAAAUCUAGCUGAGGCAUUAGACCAUCUCCACAUUCAGCCAGUUGGGGCCAGUUUACUAACUUGUCGUCAUCUCUGGCGUAAGUCCAUGAAAGGCAACAUUUACUAUGGACCAUUAUCACCCAAUUCUCAAGUCAUGGGCUAUCACGGUGUAAUGAUCGUUGCUGUGGAGGAUUACAAAGGGGAGUGGGUCGCUUUGUGCAAAUUAAGUAAUGGAAGAAAAGUAGGUGACGGGGGCUAUAUUCGGGUUUCCCUUCGGGUUAUGUUCAUGGUACUUAGUGCUGAAGGUGAGGAUGGAGAACACAUCAGAGAUGAUCCAAGUCCUCAACACCUCCUUUCCAACUUUGUGUGCCCUAUAAUCCGCAAGCGGCGUGUGAAGGUAAAAGCAUUGUGUUUGAGUUUACAUUAA